CGGCUGCCGACUGCGAUCUUGGCAUCCACUGACUGUAGAAAGAAGGUGAAAGCUUAGUAUCCCGAAGUGGAAGUAACAAUGAUCACCUUCAACGAUCGAGAAGAAGGGGUGGAGGAGGACGGUGAGAGUCUUUCUGUCGACUUCCGACCUCUGAUUAAGCUGAGGUGGGAACGUGAUGCAAAGGGACGCACUAUCUUUCCUCCAGCCUUUGAUGCUGAGUUCGUGGCGGUAGAGGAAGAGGAAGAAGUGCAAGAUGCUGGAGUUGAGAACCAAGCAGACCCGGCCAAAGUCCAGCCUCCUGAUGUUCAUCCUGUUUCCUUUGACAAAGUGCAACCAGCUCCUCCUAAAGCAGAAGUGCCACCUCUGCCAAUUGGGGAUCAGCCACCUUAACCACCUCUUCCUGUUGAGGAGCAGCCUCCUUCCUCAGCAGAAUAGCUUAGGAUUUUCUAUUUUUUAGUUAUGUUUGUAAUGAACAAUUUUGUAAUUGAUUUUUUACUGAUUUAUAAAAUUUUUGAAGGUAU